UGCGCAUACGAAUAACAAUCAUAACUAUAACUUGUAUUUAAAAUAGCCAAAUCAAACAUUGUGUAAGGUUGAAUGAAUUCAUCAAACUAACUCAUUUUUUUUUUUUUUAAUUGCGGGAAAAAGCAUACAGAAGCAACGCCUCUUGAUCCUGAAUAAUCUUCUGGAAACCCAUUUACUUACUCAGGAUUUGUUUCCCGCCUUUUGGGUUUGACGGUGAAUGGAGCAACAUUUUAGUGUGCAGUCGCAAGGAACACAGUCAAAUAUUUCAGAGCAUUUACUCUAUUGCACAGUCCACCUGUUCCCUUGGGACACGGUCAUUGUCCCAAAGUAAUAGACAGUCAAUUUAGCAUGAAGUAAUGGAACCCUCUUUCUUUGUACUGUCCGCGUUCCUGAUUGGCCAGCAAGUGUGGGAAACCUGUCAAACUGAGACCCACACGGGUUUACAGUGUGAGGGGUGUAUAAAUACGGAAGCUCUGUAGAGGUGGUCAAACCCCACUUCUAACAUCCGCAACUAUCUUUACUAAGCACAAACACCAACUGACCAACAGCAAUGGCUCCUGUCAAUAUGUGCAACAUUGUGAGGACCACGAAAGAUAAAAUCAAACUGAGAAAACCAGUGGUCGAGAAGAUGCGCCGAGACCGCAUCAACAGCAGCAUCGAACAGCUCAAGUCACUCCUCAAAACCGAACUUCAAGCACACCAACCCAACUCUAAACUGGAGAAGGCUGACAUUCUCGAGACAGUUGUGUUUUACCUGAAAGACAAUAGCACGCGCCCUGCUUCUUCAUUCAACGUAGCGUCACCUGUCCAGAGCUACGCGGAGGGAUUCACCCGCUGCCUGGAGGAGACGCUGCGUUUCCUCUCAGCGCACAACCAGCCGACUGACUCGCAACAUAAACUUGUCGAUCACUUCCAUCGGGUACAGAAACUUGGCGAGAGAGUCGCGCUGAGUCCAAACCGCGCGACGGUCCCUCACAGCAGAACUCCGAAAUGUGUCACCGCAGGUGGAAGAGGGCCUUUGUGGAGACCCUGGUGAUGCGCAUAGCCUAUUUUGAGACGUUAAAUAAACGAGACUUUCGAUGUCAAAACCAGAUAAUAUGUUGGUCUAGCUGCACGACCAAGUAUGAUCUUUUGUAGGAAAUAAUUAUUCCCUUUAAAAUGUAUCUUUUGUUCGUAAAAGUUGAAAUUAUUGUUAUUAUUCUGUUUAGAAUGUAAAUUCCAUAUCCUGUAUUGUGCUAUUGCGCAUAUAUUUGUGACUUCACAAUUGUGAAGUAAACUAUUUUUUACAUAUUGUAAAAUAUAUUCAAGUAAUAUCUUGGUGUAUUUCUGGGAAAAGAGAGGAAUGAUAUGUUGCUGAAUUGUAAUGUGUCCUGAAACAAGCUGUGAUUGGAACAUUGAUUAUCACAUUGAUAUGGAAAUAUUCCCCAAUAAA